GGAGCGGGAGGAGGCGGGGACCCCGCUGGAACCGACGCCGACCCGCUCUGGGGCCGCCUGACGCCGCCGGAUCACCAAGUUUCCCAAUGAGUGGAUCAUGAUGAACAUAUUUUAGGGACUUGCCAUAGUAUGGCUGCUUCUCGAUCUACUCGUGUUACAAGAUCAACAGUGGGGUUAAAUGGCUUGGAUGAAAACUUUUGUGGUAGAACCUUAAGGAAUCGUAGCAUUGCUCAUCCCGAAGAAGUCUCUCCGCAUUCUCAAGUGCGAUCAAGAUCACCAAAGAAGAGACCGGAGUCUGUGCAAGCGCCGAAAGGAAAUAACAGCGGACGGACCACCGAGCUCAAACAGCAGGGUACUCGGGAAUCGUGGGUAAGCCCUAGGAAAAGAGGACUGUCCUCUUCCGAGAAGGAUAACGCGGAAAAGCAGAGCGUAGAGUGUUGUGACAAGAGGCCAACGGAACCCGUCUCCCCAGUCUUCAAGCGCAUCAAGCGCUGCCUACGUUCUGAGCCGCCCAACAGCUCCGAAGAAGAGUCGCCUGUGAAGGCAGACAGAGAGUCAGAGCAGAAAAGCUCAGGAUUGGACAAUGAUGCCGAACCCCGGGGGACUAAAAGAGCUUGCCGAUGUCUUAUACUGGAUGAUUGUGACAAAAGGGAAAUUAAAAAGACCGACACCUGUGAGGAAGGGCUGCCCAACUCGGCCAGAGUGGUGGAAGACGUCGCCGGCCGCCCGGCUGUCAACGGCGUCGAGGACGACGGUUCCGCCGUCCUGAACCGCGACGGCGGUCAGCCGGAGGGGAACGCCGAUCGAGAUCACGCCGACCCCCGUGUCCCGCAGGGCAAGCCGGUGGCGGAAAAUGGGGAUCCGGGUGGCCGUUCCUCACCGUUGCCCGAAAACAGGAAGGAGGACGGUGUCGUAGACCACAGUGUGCCUUGCACGGAUUCACAAGUGCAGGUCAAGUUAGAGGACCAUAAAGUAGUAGUAGUAGCUGACUGCCUGCCCGAGGAAGCUUCCAGUCUGCCGGCAGCCGUGCCGGCAGCAGUGCCCCUGGCUGAAACUCAGUCAGCCGUACGGGAUUCUGAGGAGGAAGUAGACGUGGUGGGAGACAGCGGUGCCUCCAAGGACCCGUGUGCUGGAAACCCCAGCAGCACCCCGAACGCCAGCCACCGCGCUAGUAGUAGCAGCCCCAUCUCAGGAGAACCGGAAUCCCCUUGUGUCCUGGACGGCGGCGGUUCGGCUCCCGUGGCGUCUCUGGCAGAACCUCCAGAGCCCCACCGCUACACCCUGAGAACUUCCCCCCGCAGGGCCGCCCCGACCAGGGGCAGCCCCACGAAAACCAACUCUCCCUGUAGAGAAAAUGGACAGAUCGAGGAGGCGCCCCCUCCUCCCACUGAAAAGAACGUAAGUGUUACUGUCAAUGGGUCUCCUUUAGGCUCUGCGGAAGUGCGGACUGAAAAGGGGAUGUGUUGUGACUCUGGAAAUUAUGCAAGCGAUGGACUUACUAAGCCACCCUCGGAGGCAAGGCUCAAUACUGGAUAUUUGCCAUCUGCCAAAGAGAGUGCCAACCUGCAAAUUGCAGAAGAGGAGGAUGAUGAUCCUGAUGUGUAUUACUUUGAAUCAGAUCAUGUGGCAUUGAAACACAACAAAGAUUACCAGAGACUGUUACAGACGAUCGCUGUACUCGAGGCUCAGCGUACUCAAGCAGUCCAAGACCUUGAAAGCUUAGGCAGACACCAGAGAGAAGCACUGAAAAACCCCAUUGGAUUUGUGGAAAAACUCCAAAAGAAGGCCGACGUAGGGCUUCCAUAUCCGCAGAGAGUUGUCCAGUUGCCCGAAAUUACAUGGGACCAGUAUACGAGCAGCCUGGGAAACUUUGAAAGAGAAUUUAGAAACCGGAAACGAAAUACGAGGAGGUUGAAGCUGAUUUUUGAUAAAGGUUUACCUGCCAGACCAAAAAGUCCUUUAGAUCCUAAAAAGGAUGGGGAAUCCCUUUCAUACUCUGUGUUGCCUUUAAGUGAUGGUCCAGAAGGUUCAAGCAGUCGCCCUCAGAUGAUAAGAGGGCGACUUUGUGAUGAGACCAAGCCUGAGACUUUCAACCAGCUGUGGACUGUAGAUGAGCAGAAAAAGCUGGAGCAGUUACUCUUAAAGUACCCUCCCGAGGAGGUUGAAUCUCGGCGUUGGCAGAAGAUAGCAGACGAACUGGGCAAUAGGACUGCAAAGCAGGUUGCUAGCCGGGUGCAGAAAUAUUUUAUUAAGCUAACUAAAGCUGGCAUUCCAGUCCCAGGCAGGACGCCAAACCUGUAUAUGUACUCCAAAAAGUCUUCAACAAGCAGGCGGCAACAUCCCUUAAACAAACAUCUCUUUAAGCCUUCCACUUUCAUGACGUCCCACGAGCCUCCGGUGUAUAUGGAUGAGGACGACGACAGAUCGAGUUUUCAUAGCCACAUGGAUGCCACUGCGGAGGAAGCGUCGGAUGAAGAAAGUAUUCCAAUAGUCUAUCGGGAUUUGCCUGAAUACAAAGAGCUGCUAGAAUUAAAGAAGUUGAAGAAGCAGAAACUCCAAAAAAUGCAUGCCGAAAGUGGAUUUGUGCAGCACGUGGGCUUCAAGUGUGACAACUGUGGCACGGAACCCAUUCAGGGCAUUCGGUGGCAUUGCCAGGAUUGUCCACCAGAAAUGUCUUUGGAUUUCUGUGAUUCCUGUUCGGACUGUCUGCAUGAAACGGAACUUCACAAGGAGGAUCAUCAAUUAGAGCCUAUUUACAGAGCAGAGACCUUCUUAGACAGAGACUACUGUGUGUCCCAAGGCACCAGUUACAAUUACCUUGACCCUAACUACUUUCCAGCGAACAGAUGACAUGGGAGAGACCCCGGGCUACCGACCUUUGACCCACAGCCAUGGUACCAUUGUCCAUCCUGUGCCCAGCGUGGAAAGAUCCUCUGCUUUCCCUGAAAUGACAGACCCAGGGUGACAGCUCUCCGAGCGUCCUCGUCCCAACCACAACCCCGUACCGUUGUGGUUCCUGAUCCCCGGCCGCGGCCCGGCAUUCCCGGGCCACGGCAGGGUUCACCGUCGGAUUCUCCUUUCACCACACGGGUGGCAUUUUAGGUGGUGAAUGGAAGCGGGCGAACCGGAGAAUAAGAGCACACACUGAAGAGAGAGUAAAUUCCAAAGGCUUCGAGGGAACUCGGUCGCAGAUGCGGUAUCGAGAAGACAGAGUAUUUAUAUCCAAAACGAAACAAAAGAACAAGUUUAGUAGCUCGCGGUUUGUUGUGAAAUAGAGUUCAGCACAGAAACUGACUUCUUUAGACAAGGUUUAACCAAUCAUGGUGUUUGCUUCUAGGAGCUCCCCUUUAAGACAACUUCCCCAGCGGUUGGUCCGCUGAAGGCCUUUACUAGAUUGGAGCUGCUUAACUCUUAUUGACUUCUAAUUUUUUUUUCUACCACAAUGAACUAUCCCUAAUUACCAACAGUGAAGCACUACAGGAGGCAAACUGUGGCAUUGCUUCUUAACCAGCUCAUGGUGUGUGAAUGCUAUCAAAUUGUCACUCAAGAUAUAUUUUUUAAAUGUAAUGUUAUAUAAGAUGAUCAUGUGAUGUGUACAAAAUAUGGUGAAAAGUGCCAGUGGUAGUAACUGUGUAAAGUCUCUAAUACUCAACAUUAACUCCUUUAAAAUACACAGCCUUCUGCCUCUGUAUUUGGAGUUGUCAGUGCAACUCAUCAAAGAAAACUGCCUAAUAUAAAAAAAUAAAAUCAUAUAUAUGGUAAUAAUUUCCCUCUUUUGUAGUCUGCACAAGAUCCAUGAAAGAUUGUAUUUUUAUUACUAUUUAAACAAGUGAUUAAAUUUAGUCUGCGCGGUGAGCAAGGGUUCACAUGCAUUCUUUUAUACUGCUGGAUUUUGUCGUGCAUCAUUUAAAACAUUUUGUAUGUUUCUUCUUAUCUGUGUAUACAGUAUGUUCUUAAAUAAUGUUCAUUUGUCAGGAGAACUGUGAGAAAUAAACUAUGUGGAUAC